AUGUUAUCCCAAUUGAAGACCCAGCCGAAGCGACUACACCGUGUGGUCACUCUCAUCGAAGGAGACGUGCCGUCAGUGGAUUACCAUACUAGUGGCGACGACGAAUUCUAUACCAUCCACCACCCACAAGCAGUUACCGAAUGGAUUGGAUCGCUAAUCAAGUCUACGCCAACUGUAUCAGCAACCACUGUUAUCGUUGUUCACCAGGACUUUAAACUGACGAUUCGGCAUCUCCAAACGAUCUAUAAGUUUGCCUCGUCCAGAGAUGCUGGAGAAGUUAAUCUUCCGCUCAGUUGUAAGCUAUACCUCAUCAUUAAUCAACGCUUACUUGAACCGGAUGUGCUUUCCCCUCAAUCGGUGGGUACUCAACAGUUCUUACGGCUUAUGGCUAUGGAACACGGAGCACUGGUCGUGGUGGUCGAUGACGUUGAGCGUUGGGUAGUGGCCCGUACUGAUCAAUUGUUAGCUACUCUCAGUAAAGUGACUGAAGCUAAACCAAUUCUCGAGAUUGCGGGUGACUCUUGGGAAGUGGAUGUCACCGCAAAGGCUAGUGACGAUACGGGGAUACCAGCAUACAUCUCAUUAUACAUUCCAGCGGCAUGGGAUACGAUCAAUCGAGUGCUAUUACCGGCGAAGCUGGUGAUAUUUCUGAAUGAUGAUCAAUACCUUGUGACUCUGGAAACCCAAUGCAGUCAAUUUGCAACCAACUACAAGGCUUUGUUUAAAGAUGAAGCCGAUACUGCUGCUCUAGCUACAGUAUUAACAGAGAUUGGUUACCCUCCAUCCACAGAUAAGAAGACAACUGCCCCUCCCGAGAUCAUGACGCUCGAACAAAUUUACAAAGAAUUGGGGGCUUCAAACGACAUUACUGACUAA